CAGGAGGCACAUACUGGAUAGAGGACACGACGUUUUCGAGUGGACGGGAAAACACGUCUCGGUUAUUGUUUUGUUCUUUGUCGAGGAAUAUGCACUGACUUUCUGGCGUUCCUUGGGAAUAAAGGUUGACGCGUUUUAUUCAGCAGAAAAAAACGUGUGUUUCUGCCUGUGUCAUAUUACCGAGGAGAACAAUGAAACGGCAAGUACCGUUUUUUGUCUCGUUCCUUUUUGUCAGCUCCGUUUUGGGACAUGUCAGCUACUCCAUUAACGAGGAAAUGUCAGUGGGUUCCGUAAUUGGAAGAAUAGCACAAGAUUUGGGUUUGGACGUAGAGAAACUAAAAUCACGCAAGGCUCGUGUGUUUUUUGGUGAUAGCACAGAAUAUAUUGAGCUAAAUAAAGAUAGGGGAGUCCUCCUUAUCAAAGAAAGAAUAGACAGAGAGACGCUCUGUGGUCAGAUGAUUCCAUGUGCUCUACAAUUCCAAAUUAUUUUAGAGAAACCUAUUGAAUUUUACAGAGUACAUGUUGAAAUUGUGGAUAUAAAUGAUAAUACCCCCCUUUUCGAAAAAGGGGAUAUUAAAUUUAAAAUAAGCGAGUCUGCAGUCAUCGGGUCGAAAUUUGAUUUAGAAAGGGCGGUGGAUUUGGAUGUGGGAAUUAAUGGUCUCCAAAACUACAUCCUCAAACCGACUGAUAAUUUUGCUCUUAAAUUACACAAUCAGGCAGACGGCUCCCGAAAUGUUGAGAUGGUUUUAAAACAGCCUCUUGACAGAGAGAAAAAUGAACAUUUAUCUUUAGUGUUGACGGCCGUAGAUGGAGGAGAACCUCAGCUGUCAGGGACAAUGCAGAUUCAGAUCACGGUGUUAGAUGCUAAUGAUAAUGCACCCGUUUUCACGAAGUCGGUAUACAAAGCUAAUGUCGCAGAAAAUUCACCAAGAGGCACAGUUGUAACCAUAGUCAGUGCAUCAGAUGCUGAUUACGGAUCAAAUGGACGAAUAACGUAUUCGAUCAGAAAUACUUUAGACGAUGUCAGACAGUUGUUUGAGGUAAAUGAACACACGGGCGAGGUUAGAUUAACAGGAAAUAUUGACUACGAAAAGUCAAACAAUUAUCGGAUAAAUGUGCGUGCAAGUGAUGACGGAGGACUAACGGACACAUGCAAAGUAAUAGUUGACGUUAUAGAUGUGAACGAUAAUCACCCCAUUAUUAACAUAAUGUCUGAAACAAAUGUUAUAUCUGAAGAUAUCAAAAGCAACACUGUAGUGACAAUAAUUAAUAUUCAAGACAUAGACGACAGCGAGAAUGGCAAAGUCAGCUGCACAAUAAAUGAAAAUAUUCCGUUCAUAUUACAAUCAACGGAAAAUAAUUUCUAUACCUUAGUAACAGACAGUGAUUUAGACAGAGAGAGAUUCAGUUGA